AUGAGUUACUCUUAUUCUAAAUUGUCCUCUUACAUUAGAUCUCCUUACACAGCUCCAUCCUCUAAUUCCUCUUCUUGGAAAUCUACCCCUUUAACUGGUAACAAAUUUAAAUUUUAAUUUUAGGUAUAUCGUUAAUUGAAUAAUUGCCAUACGAAAGGUAUUCAGAACAUGUACCUGGAUCUUAAAUAGAAUAUUUACCAAUAGAAAAACGAUAUAAGGAUUAUUUGGAAGAUAGAAGAUAUUUUCAAGAUCGUUAUAAUGAUUUUGUAGCAGUUGGUAGAUUAGAAAGAAAAGAGUAACUUUAUCGUUUAGAUUACUACAAUACUAAUUUGCAUAAUGUUAUUAAUGAUAGAUAAAAAGGUUAUUUCUAGAUUCAAAAUUGA